AACAUCAUCAACUCAAUCAAUCAAUCAUUCCAAUCCACUCAAUUCAAUUCGCUUUCCUCAACCAAUCGAUCUCCCGAUCAACCAAUUCAACAUCAAAAUGCAGUUCAUCACCGUUAUCAUUGCUACCCUGGCCGCCGUCGCCACUGCUACUCCUUCUCCCGAUGCCUUUGAGAAGCGCACCUGUGUCGGCCACUACAAGGUUGCCUGCGAGAGCAAUGGUCCUUCUUGCUGCGAUGGCUGGCAGUGCGUUGGGGCCACUGAGUGGAACGCUGGUGUUUGCAUUCCUCGCUAUUAAGGGCGUUGAAGAGCUUAAAUAGAUUUGGUAUUUGUGCGGGCAUAAAUAGAAAUCGUGAUACGUUAUUUUCCU